AUGGGGACUUUAAUCAACUCUCAUUUCCUUGCCCUCACUGUCUUUAUCACUGUCGGUUAUCAGUUCAUCUCCGCCAUCACCGUACUUCACAAGUUCGACAAAGAUAAUGACCACGCCGGAAUUACCAAUUUUGUAAUUCUAGCUAUAUCGGCUCUGGUUCUAAAAGGAUCAAAGAACUUCAGACAGCUUGUCUUGCCCUUGCUGGUACUAGUAUGGGGUUUACGGCUGGGACUAUUUCUUGUUAUCAGGAUUAUGCAAUGGGGACAGGAUCGACGAUUUGAUGGAAGGCGUGGGAGUUUGUGUAGAUUAGUUAUUAUCGCAAUGCUUCAGGUAAUCUGGGUCUGGACUUUGAGUUUACCUGUGACAUUUGUGAUUGCAAGCGAUAGACAUCCAUCUCUUCAAGCUAAGGACAUCAUUGGUUGGACUUUAUGGUCCGUUGGUUUCCUUAUUGAGGCUAUCGCUGAUCAACAAAAGCUGGCAUUCAAGUUUCCCCCCGAAAACAGAGACAGAUGGUGCAGCACUGGACUUUGGAGAUAUUCCCGUCACCCAAAUUAUUUUGGUGAGAUUCUCCUUUGGUGGGGAGUCUUUGUUGCAUCUUCACCACUGCUGGAAGGUGGCACCUGGAUUGUUAUCGUUGGACCAAUACUCCAUACAAUGUUAAUUCUGUUUGCUAGUGGCAUGCCUUGGCUUGAGGAAUCAGCAAAUACAAGGUAUGGCCAUAUUAACCCGUACAGGGCAUAUAGAGAUGCCACUAGUCCUCUGAUUCCACUACCGCCUGUAGUAUAUUUGUACCUGCCGCGUUGGUUCAAGAUAGCUUUUCUCUUCGAGUUACCUCUGUAUAGUGUAACCCUGCCUUCACUCCAAGCUCGUAAAUCUCAUCCCUCAAGCCAUUAG